CUCCCACAGAGGCGCAGAUGAGCGGCAGGUGUCAGCAGAACACGCCCUGAGCUCCGAGCAGGUAACCGGACGCUGCUCGAAGCCUCUCCUGGCCGCUGAAGCUGCUCGCCGGUCGGACUGAGAGUCUCUCUGUGAGCUCCACUAUUACGGCUCAAGUCCUCUUGGUGACGCUCUGCUGACAUCACUGUGAUAUUCCCCUGCUCCGCUCUCCGCAUCACACACUCGGAGCUCCGCCGACUCUCUCCACACUCUCCGUCCAACACUUUUCUUGGCCGUUUUCGCUCCGCUCGCCGUGGCCAGGACGCACCGUCACGCAGCAGCAGCAGCAGCCGGCGGCUACCUGUGCGCACUGCGGCCGCUCCACGCUGGGAGGGGUUUCACUCUUCCUGCCAUUGACACAUUUGAAGGAAGAGAAACUAAACGCCGUUCCCACAUUGGAGACGAGGGGGGACACGCAGAGAGACACACGCUGCAACUUGGCUGAUUUCAAACCCAGGCUGUCUGAACUGAGCUCGAAGUUUCUUUGGCUGAUCGGAGAAGGAAUAAUUUGGAGCCCGGCUGCAGAACACCGCGCUGUUGUGGAUAUUUACGUCCACCUUGUCUCCUGUUUAGAAGAAUGGCGAGAGAUUACGCAGCGCGCUGCCCGGUCUCUCCGGUGAGGAUCACUUGGCUGGUGGCAGCAGCGAUCCUCCUCUCUGCUCAAGGUAUCGGCGCUCAGAAAGUGCGAGUCGCGGAGGAGCUGGAGGCGUAUCCCACCGAGUCUGUUGAUCUCAGCUGCAAAUUCAUCGAUGGAGGAGGUGCCACCAAGCUCACACAGGUAUCUUGGAUAUGGGAACCAGUGGAUGGCCAGAGGGACAACAUUGCUGUUUACCAUCCAGUCUACGGACAGAGCUUCCCCAAUCCGUCCUUCAAGGAUCGAGUUGUUUUCCUCCUCAACAGUCUGGAGAACCCGUCCAUAAGAAUUUCUGACCUACGAAUGUCCGACGCUGGCCGCUACACCUGUGAAUAUGCCACCUACCCUUCUGGAAAUGAACAAGGGACGACCACCCUCGUCAUGCUCGCCAAGCCCAAGAACUCGGCCAACGUUGUGACGGUCCAGGCUGGCACUAAAUCGGUGGUGGUGGCCCGGUGCGAGGCGGCCGACGGCAAACCGGCGGCGACCAUCAAGUGGCUGGCAUCGGUUGGAGGCAAUCACUCGACCAGCACCACCAACGGGCCAGAUGGCACGGUGACGGUACGCAGCGAGUAUCGGCUGGUGCCCACGCCGGCAGACAACGGCAGGGAGGUGACCUGCAUGGUUGACCAGAGAACACAGGAGCGGCCGUGGGUUUAUGCCGUCAAGCUGUCCGUGGAGUACCCCCCCUCGGUGUCCAUUGAGGGUUAUGAUAAUAACUGGUACGUGGGCCGCUCUGACGCCGUGCUGCUCUGCCUCUCCAACGCCAACCCAGAGCCGACCACCGUCACCUGGACCGCGGCGUCCGGUUCUCUUCCUGACACGGUGGUCGUCGACGGCAACAAGCUGAUCGUGAGGAAGGUGGACGACGCCGUCAACACGACCUUCAUCUGCGAGGUGAAGAACAAACACGGAGCCAGCAGACACCAGAUCACCACCGUGGUCAUCGAAGCCUUGGAGGAUCCGUCCAGCACCGGCGUGGUGGCGGGCGCCGUCAUCGGCUCCCUCCUGGCCCUGCUGCUGGUGGUGGCGCUCGUCGCCGUCCUCCUGACCCGCAGCCGCCGGCAGCAGAGGCGCGGUUACCCCAGCAGUGGGGACUCCAUAGCGACGGGCAGCGGCGGCAGCAACGGCGGCGACUACGGCAACAAGGCCCGGCUGCUCUUCGGCAGCUCCGGGAACAACAGCAGCAGCAAGAACGGCACCGGCGCCAACAACAACGGGCCCAUCUACACCUACCGGGAGGGCUGCGAUGCCACCGGGACCCUAACGGAAAAGGCCAACGACUACCACCCACCACCUCCACCACGCCUCUACCGGCAACCCCCGACCGCGCACGACAUCCUGCUGAGUGGCGACAUGGACGCCGAGAGGAGGAAGUUCGAGCUGGACGACAGCAUGGAGGAAGAGGAGGAGCGGUACGACAGAUUCGGAGGCGGGAACAUGCUGCCUCCAGCCUAUCAUGCCCACAGAGGCCACGGCGGCGAAGAAGAGAUGGACGUGUACCUCGACGACGACAUGGAGUCUCAAAGGGACGGAUCGGUGAUUUCCCGGACUGCCAUUUAUGUCUGAGGGGAAGAAAGGAAGUCUGAACAUAGGGAAAGGAGAUAAAUCAACAUCACCUCCAUCAGCUAAACACCUACCUGCUUAACAUUCAACCUGAAUAAAGAGUUGCCAUCAGUUCUAUCCUCUCUGCUCGACUGUAAUUCUAUAGGAGGAGGAUUAAAAGAAAGUCACGAGGAAGUCGUGAAGGCGAACCUGAGGCGGUACUGUGGCUGAAUGUGUCUGUAUUUAACUGUACCAUGGAGACAGAUUUGAUUCAGUGUCAGUCAAAUGUAAGAAAAUGGGGGGAAAAAAAGAAAAAAAAAAAGAAAUACUGCCAAGAGCAAACAAAAACUCUGACGCAAACGCCGCUUCUUGCUACGUUCUUGUUUCUUCAGCUUUGCUCUGUGAUUAUGUGCUGAGUGACUCAAAUUGUUUGUAUUUUCUACCUUAGCAGAAAAUGUAAUCUGAAAGCGCCACAUAAUCACGAUUCCAAAAAAAAAAAAAAAAACAACCACCACUGUUCAGAGCUUGCCUUUCUGCUUCAAAAUACGAGAAAAUGUCCUCAUUGCUCGCUGAAGAACUCUGCAUAGAAACCGAAAGGCUCCCGUGGAUGUUUGCUGCAGACGCUUACGACUCUUCGAAACUUGAAAAAGGCCAAAACUUGUCGCCCUGGAAACAAGAGCUGACUUUACCGGGGUGUUACAGUGACUCGGGGGGGUUUCCCUGCUGCACCCUGCGACACCACCUGGUUUCCUGAUGGGGCCAAUAAACUGAGUAACAUAACAGACUUAACAGUGUGUGCUAAUGUGUGGCUGGCUGUGGUGUUAAUGAUGUGCAUCAUCUAUAUAUUGGGCGCCGUCUCACUAUAGCACAGUUGUUAUUGUUGUUGUAGUAGCCGUUGUUGUUGUUGUUGUCGUCGUUGCUGUUGUGUAAUGGUGUUGAUCUCGCUGAGGAAAAAGACGCACCGGGAGCCUUGGGGGUUUCACACAGUCCCACAUCGGGUCGGUAAUGACUCAUUUAAUGGAUGAAAAAAAAGCUUUUUCUUUGUUCCCAACUUUGAGUUUCUCUCUCUUUUUUUAAUUCCUCCCUUCAUUCCCUCUCCAUGCCAUCUCUCUCUUUCUGUUACACAUGAAUUCUGAAUGAUUUGUAUGUUUUUUCUUCUGUCCCACACACACAUUUCGUCUCUCUGCGCCGGCUUUAUUUACAUAAUGGGCGGCUGAGACGAGUGCCGCAGUGACUGUGUGCAGGGAGAAGAGGAUAACUUGUGUUUGUAUUCAUAUCUGGGUCGUAUUCAAUGAGGCAAAAUAUUCACCGGCUUUGUCGGAGGCUGCUGCGAUUCGUGUAUUCAUCUUCCGUGUCCUGCAGACUGUUCUUAGGCUACGGGGCGGAUUAUUCCGUGUUCUGGGCUCUGAUUGGACAUAACGACAUGUUCCGAGACAAAUUUCAACAGAGGAUAUGGAAUAAUUCUGAAUGAAAUCCCAAACUCCUGAGCUUCUCUCUCCUGUAGACUGGAAUAGAACAGGUGAAAGUAUACUUUCUGUUGAAAGCAGUGGCCCACCAGUGACAGAACAAGCUUAUUCCACCUGUUCUAAAUGAAAUCUCUCAUCUGGUGGUAAAAUAUUGGUGCAUUUUCCGAGCACAUUUGCGAAACAUGUAACACUGCAUUGGAAAAAGUUGCAGUUUUUACAUUUUAGGAUACAUUUUUGACUUUAUAGUUAAUGACUGGUUGAAAUGGAUUACUAGCACUGUUCAUGUCCUGUGGACUGUUUAUAGGCUAUAGAGUAGUUUAUUCUGUGUUCUGAGCCCUGAUUGGACACAACGACACAGUCUGAGACAAAUUUCAACACAGGAUAUAGAAUAAUUCUGAAUGAAAUCCCAAACUUCUGAGGUUCUCUUUCCUGUAGACUGCAAAAGUACAGGUGAAAGUAAACUUUUUGUUUAAAAAAUAUGGCACAUCAGUGAGGGAACACUCUUACUUCACUUAUUUUAAAUGAAAUCCACAAGACUUUGCUAAACAUGUUGCACUGCAUUGUAAAAAGUUGCAAUCUUUAUGUUUUCAGAUUCAUUUUUGACUCUAUUCUAAAUUCAAUUCCUUGUUAGAAUGGAUUUCUAACAUUUUCCAUGUCUUAAAAACUAUUGCAGGCACAACUCAUUCCAUGUUAGACACAAUCCAGGACAAAUUUCGACAAAGGUCACAAAAUCUUUCUGAAUGCAAUCCCAAACUUCUACGCCUUUUUGUCUUGCAUGCUGCGAAAGUACAGGUGAAAGUACACUUUUUGGUAAAAUGAGUGGUACUCCAGUUGUUUCAUUUAGCUUUUAUGACAUUUUUCAUUUGAUAAUGGUGCAUUUCCCAAGAGAAUUUUCUAAACAUGCAGCGCUGAAAAGGAGAAAGUUAUAAUGACUUAUUUUGGGGGGUUUUUUUCUACAUUGGAUGUGUUUAAACGGAUUUCUAAUAUUGUUCACACCCUGCAAAUUGGACAGAAACAAUACAGUCUGAAACAAAUUCCAAGAGAGGAUACAGAAUUAUUCUCCUCUGUUUUUCUGUCCUGUACACUUUUUGCUAAAAUAAUUAGCUAAUGGUUAACAGGACAGGGUUGCUUCACAUGUUUUCAAUGAAAUCUCUCACCUAACCUCAAGGUAAUGGUGCAUUUUCCGUGAGAAUUUGCGAAACAUGCAGUGUUGCAAAGGAAAACGUUGCAAUUUUUAAUUUUUAAUAUUUGUUUCUUACUCUAUACGUAAUUAAAUGACUUUUUAGAAUGGAUAUCCAGCUACUUUCAUGUCCUACAGACUGUCGUUGGGCGAUGAAGCAGAUUAUUCCAUGUUCUGUGUUGUAAUUGGACAUGUUUCAAAAGAGGACAGGAAAUAGUUCUGAAUGAAAUCCCAAACUUUUAUGCCUUUGUGUCUUGUAUGUUGCAGAAGUACAGGUGAAAUUGUGCCACAUAAGUGACAGGACAGGGUUGUUUUGCUGGUCUUAAAUGAGACACUUCACCAAACAUAAUGAUGCAUUUUCCAAGAGGAUUUGCAAAAAAUGCAGCAAAAAAAAAACAUGUAUUUUUUAACUGUAGGAUUUGUUGUUGACUCUAUACUUGAUGAAAUUUCUUGUUAGAAUGGAUUUGUGACAUUUUCCGAGUCCUGCAGACUGUUUUUUAGGCGAUGAAGCAGAUUGUAUCAUGUUGAAGACUCAAAUUUAAAGAAAUGACAAAUGAAAUCCCAAACUCCAAACCAUUUCUGUCUUGUGCAGGUGACGGUAAAAUAAGCACAACAGGAUUGCUCCACUUGUCUUAAAUCAGAUCUCUCACCGAAACUUAACAUGAUGGUGGAUUUUCUGAGAGAAUUUACUGAGCAUGCAAAGCUAUGUUGGAAAAAGUUGCAUUUUUUUCUUGACUCAUAAUUAAAUGACUUUAAUUACACAUUUGCAUACAGGAGCUGAUAUGUGAGACCGGGCUCUUAUGUUUUUGGAACACUUUUGCCUUAUUGAUUCCAAGGAUUCUCCUGCUCCUGUGUUUUUUUCGUCUUCUCCACAAAUGAGCAGUUAUUUUUCUUUAAUUACUGCUGAAUUAUAUCUCUCGUCUUAUUUUUUAUAAUGCUAGAACAGCUGCGAGGAGACGCUCGGAGUAUUGGAGCAGGGGAAUCUCUGCAGCGCACCUAUGAAGAUGUAUAGAAAGUCUGGUAAAGCAGAGAGAACAAGGAAACCGUAAAAGCUCGAUAGAAGAACAAACCGGAGCGGCGGUGCGUGAUUCGGCAGCUCAUCCUCUGCUUUUACAAGCUCACUGUGCCACAUCACAACCACACGCUGCUGCGUUUCACUGUCGAGGGCGUAAACACAGAGAUAAAGCAGUGUUGUAAUAAAAGGUGUAUUUUAAGGCUGUUGUAACUGUCGACUCACAAAAUAUUUAUGAGAAAGGAUCUGAAAAGGGAAUCUUUACAUUUCUAAGCCGCGUCCCAUCUCAUUUACUCAUGAUUCAGUGCAUUUCUAAGAACACGUCGUCAGAAUAAUUAAGAUUUUAUCGCCAAACGUAAAUUUUAACUGCUGUUCUGUGGUUUCAAAAACUGAACACACACUUGUCCAGCUGUGAUUUUUCAAAUUCAAAACCUUAUCGAUCGUUUUUUUUUUUUUUUUGACUGUUUCGGCUCCGCUUCCCCCCCAAACCCCUGAGCGGGUCCCUUGUUGUUGGUUGUUGUUGAACAUUAUGCACUGUGCAAUCUGUUGUUCUGUAAAAUGCGACAGUUAUAUCUGCUUUGUUACAAACGCAUCUCAGUGGAGAACAUUUCAUGAAGCCUCACCGCUUGUGGGGGUUUUUUUUGGACAAAGUUGCCAAUUUAAAUUUCAAAAAGUGAGUGAGAAGCAGCCAUUUACUGUACCUUUGGUUAUCACACGUAGUCGGACUUUUUACUGUAUCACUGCGGUUUUGGAAGUGUUUAGGUGUAUUUUCUGCUCUGCCGGGUGCAUGCAUGAUCCAAGAUCCAGACUCUGAACCUCUGGAGAACCCAAACAGUCUUAUUUAGUUUGAUUCUUCAUCUGUUACAUUCAAAACGCUGUAUUCCCCCAAAUGAAAACGACCUUAUUUUGCAUUAAAGUUUAAUACGUUAAUGAUUUUCACCCUAAAAACCUCCCCGUCCAGCACAUUUCCUCUCCUAUUUGGCCCUCGUACGCAUCAUCUCCUCUCCGGGGCUCUUUGAUAUUAAACCGUUGACUGUGAUCCCAACUUCGGCGCCUAAUUAGUCGCAGAAUCUUGUACCAUGGAUGCACCCCUAGCGAGGAAACUCAUCAUCAGUCAUAACUUUUGUUUUUGCACAACCCAUUUUCAAUAAAAGAAAACCAUUCUGAGACAA